AUGGACAGCAUCAAACUGAAUCCCUUUGAAAUUCCAGAAAUCAUUUUGCUUAUUGGGAGACACCUAGAUCAAGAUGCUCUCUUAUGUUGUAUUCGGAUCUCAAAGAUUUUUCACAAUACACUAGUCGGACUCAUUUGGAGAUUCAUUGUGGUGGAAUCCUAUUCAAGGACAGGACUUCGUUAUCCCAAUGGAAAGCCAUUACAGCACAACAAGAAAUAUAUUGAGGAGCUUGUGUUUUACAACCACUUUCCAGAUGAGUUCAUGUCAUUACAAGGGUGUGAUCGUCUCCGAUUUAUCAAAUGUGUCGCCAGUGGUUCAUUCAAUCUGCAUCAGGUUUUCAACUUGGUUAAGAAUCAUCGUGCCACAAUCUCGACGCUUAAACUCCAUUGUUCGACUUUACGGGAGAUAUGGGCAGCAUUACUGGAAUGCACCCACCUUGAGCAUUUGACUAUUUCUAAAACAUAUAUAAACCCACUCUCCCUUGGGAAAUCACUAGCAGGUGAGCAGAAAAUUGUGGAUGGUGAGUACAUUGUAGCGAAAAGUAAAGAAAAGAAGCUCUGCGAUACAGCUGAGGCUCUGAGAGUCAAUAAAAAGUACUUAAGCACCCAUAGUAUUGCUCAAGCGAUUUUACCCAACUGUCCGCAUUUGGAGGAACUGUGGGGAUCUAGGGUUAGCGUGAUAGAAGUUGCCAAUAGUGCAGAAUGA